UAAAGAACGUACAAACCACAGGGCACACCACCUUACACAUGUUCAGUAUCUGGUACUCGAUAUUAUCCCAUAUCAUUCCUUCAAAGCUAGCUUGCGAACAAAUGCACAAUGGCCACCGAAACCCCAGAUCCCAAGACCUUCAAAUCUUGGGAGGACGAAUUCAAGUAUCCCAUCCCUACCGUCCGUAGAUUCGAGCAGGACCUUCGACACAAUGCCGAUGAGAAUCGCGACCAGCUUCGCAAUUUGGUCGGGGCGUCCUACCGCGAGCUGCUUGGGACUGCGGAACAGAUCAUCUCCAUGGACGAAACCAUGACCCGCGUUGAGAGAACCUUAGGACAGGUUGGACAAAAGUGCAAUUCUACGGCCGUGGAGAGGCUAUUCAAAAGCUAUGAAAGGCUGGAGAUGGAAUAUAGAGCGCAAGAGAAAGAGGAGUACUCGUUCGCAGCCCAAGUCUCGAUUCUCCAAGCGUGUCCCGCGGUCAUAUCUCGGCUUUUGAAGUCACGGUCCUACCUCCUAGCUGCAAAGAUUAUAGUCUUGUCGAGACUCCUUCACAAAGCCCUCUCCACCGAUGCCAAUGCGACGCCCUUCUUGGACAAGUUGCUUCGACGGUUGACUUCACGACGGCGCAAGUUGCUGAACGCUAUCAAGGCCACAUUUGCGGAUGAUGCCAUUGAAACACACGAUCUAGUCGACGCAAUGUGCGCCUAUUCCUUGGCCACCUCAUCCACCACCACGGAUACACUCAAAUAUUUCCAUACUGUCCGCCGAGAUACCAUUCAAUCUAUCUUAAAAAGAUCGGUUAUGGAUGAGGGUGUCUCCGCUGCAACUUCACAUCUGGAUGCCCCGUUUCAAGCAUUACAGAUCUAUGUCUCUACUCUAACGCAGACGAUCCGAAUAUUCCCGUCCGGUCUCACUGCGGCCUUGAGGAAACUGAAGUCGCAACCGUUGCUUUCUGACCCAUUAGUGCGAAGCAUUCCAGAACUGGACCUGGACAGUCGUAAUGAAUGGGUAAUUCCAGAAGUCCGGGCUUUUAAACCGUGGCCCAGAACAACGGAGCUUGGUGAUGCAGAAUGCCAGACCAUCCUGCAGGUAUGGGCGUCGUCAACGCUGGACAUACUUUUGGCAGGCCUCCGAAACAAUCUCACCAGACAAGAACACCUCGAGGGUCUCAUAUCAAUCCGGCGCUCGCUGCUUGAGGCAUGGAUGCGGGCAUCAAAUCACGUACUAUUCCGAAGAAGCCGUGGAAAACAGCCACCGAUUAGUAGAAAAGAAGUCUUGGUACGCCUGAGGCAACUCCUUGUCGAAGUGAUCGUUGCAAAGAUCCGAAUUCACACAUCAAGUCUAUCAAGGAUUGUCGCAACGAUCAAAAAAGGCCUGUCUUCGGAUGAGGAGUUGGCCGAGAUCGCCCCGUCGCUCUGGUCAUCGGAUGCUACAGACAUACCACUUCGAGAUGGUGGCCGACAAUUUAAGAGCGUCGUGGUAGACAGAUAUCACGGUCGAACGGAGGCAGUGAUGACCGUUGCGGAUCUCUUCGGAAGUUGGUCGGGAGAGAUCGAACGGGCACAGGUUGCGCUGCGGGCCAUGCGAGAUCUCAGGUGGGACGAUGAAUUUGAUGACCUUGAUGAUGAGCUGAUGGAUGAUGACGAGGAAGAGGAGGAAGUAGACGAUGCCGUUGCCCAUCGUAGUCGCAUACAGACCGCUUUAGGAGUAGAGGAUCCAGAUCUGCUCGAUAAAGCCCUUAAUGAAGGCCUUCAAGCGACUAUGCGAUCAAUGCACGAGGAGUUCGAGCGGAUACUCGAGCGACUCCAAAGCAUACCGAAUUCGGAACACGGCGCAAAAUUGAGAAGGACAGUCUAUCUCCUGCGGUGUUUGCGAGAAAUCCGAUCAGCACUGCCAGCUUUGUUUGCUCCAGCCGAAGGAAAACAGAGACGACAAUCUGUGGACUCUCAGUUGUUUGCACUCACUUCUGAGAGUGCGUUACUAUCAGCCAGUCUUCAUCGCGUAUUGGCGGAGCUAGUGGCUGGAAGGCCUGCAGUCACAUUCGGGAAGGCUCUUCACAGGUUCGCCCAUUCAACACAGGCUCUGGCGCUUGUCCAGCUGUGGGAAGGGGAACCGAAGUUUCCUACGACCCCAACUCCAUUAGCUAUAAGGCUGUUGAAGAGCUUAGCAGCAGAGUUGUCCAUCCAAGGCCCUGAUCUUUGGGGACAGGCAGCCAAAUCCGCGUUGAAGAACUGGGUCGCUGAAGAGAUAGGCAAAUCCAUCCAGGACUCCGUCGAAGUUCUCAAGCACCAGCCUGCCGAUACAAUUGCAUCAGAUCAAUUCGUCGCCGAGGAGGACAACGUUGGAGACAAUGCGGACAACGCCCAAUCCGAGGAGCUCAAGAAGCAAAGGCUUGUCGCACUUCUUUAUGACGCGGCGUACCUGUCCUGUGCUCUACGACAGGGACAAGGCCACGGAUCAAAUGACCAAGAUUUCCCAUUCAUGAAUGCCGUCCAGGACGCUUCUGGACUAGAGAAAGCUUCGAUUGAGAAGAUCUCCAAAAGCGCCGCAGACUACUGGAAGAGGACAUACCUUCUAUUCGGUACUCUUGCCUAGACACCGAUACGGGAUGGGUAGGAAACAUCGACACAGUUUAAUUAUGUCCUUGUUAGCAACGCGAAUCAUAGCAGCAUAUAUCGACUCAUCAGCCUGUGUUGUUACGGGAUUUCUGCUACCAUAAUCUGUUGGGUCUAUUGCCAGGUCACCGAAACUCGAUAUUCCCCGUUCUGGACACCAGUGAUCUGAACACUGAUGCCGUUCGCCGCAACUCCAAUCUUCGUUUCAGCUUUUGCGAAGUCGUACGCUGCGCUAGUCA